AUGGCAUCCUUAACUGAGCAAUCUGUCGAUGACAAAUCGCCAAUAUGCAUCCCCUUCAUUCUCGAGCGGCUGCAGGCAUACAAGGCGCGCAACCCCACCAAGCCCCUCAUCAUUGGCCUGAAUGGAGUGCAAGGCGUGGGCAAGACAACUCUCGUGAAGAACCUCGCAUCGACUUUACGAGAAAAGCAGAGACUUGAGGCGCUUAUCGUCAGCAUUGAUGAUUUCUACCUCAAGCACGAUGAUCAGAUUGCACUCUCCAGGUCUCAACCGGACAAUGUGCUGGUUUCUUGUAGAGGCGAGCCUGGCACGCAUGAUAUGGAACUGGCACAGCAGUUCUUCAAUGCCAUAUGUGAGGGGAAGCCCACCAAGAUCCCAUCUUAUGACAAGUCGGCCUUUUCUGGUCAAGGCGAUAGAGUUCCUGAGUCGCAAUGGCAAUCUGUCAAUGAACCUGGUCAACCAAGCAUUCAAGUCGUCAUCUUUGAAGGCUGGUGCGUUGGUUUCAAGCCCUUGGGUCCUGCUGAAGUUGCCAGCAAAUGGACAGCGCCUAGUCGAACCCUGCAACGUCACGAGCUUGCGCAUCUCCAGUUUGUCAAUGAACGUCUUCGUGGAUACGAUGCCAUUAACCGGCUUUUCGACCUAUUCGUUCACAUCGAUGCCGAAGACACCUUGUAUGUGUAUGACUGGCGACUAGAGCAAGAGGUCAAACUGAGGCAAGAAAAGGGAGCGGGCAUGACGGAUGCGCAGGUAGUCAAAUUCGUUGACGCGUAUUACCCCGCAUACGAGCUAUUCUCUGAUCAGCUGAGGGAAGGCUUGUUUGAAGGAAGGUUGGGCCGCCAACUGAGACUGGUAGUGGGAAAAGAUAGGAAAGUGAAGCAGAAAAUCGUCAUAUAA